CAUGCCGAGCAAUGCCGAGCUGGGGAGGGCCACAUUUCUGCUUUCUUUCCGAUUUCUGACUGUCUUGACGCUUGACGGAUCCCACAGCCAGCAGCCAGGUCGCCACUUUUGGUCAGUGCAUUGACGAUCCCACCCAGUUGUCUCUUCUAAACGAUGGCGAAAACAAGGAAGAAGUGGAGGCUCUUCAACAAGAAGCAGCAAUCCUCUGGAGGUGCCGAUGCACAACUGUUAGGCGACGAUAUUGUAGCCAAGGUGGCAGUAGACCGUGAAACCCAAGCGGGAAGAUUGGUAGAAGAGGGCAGUGUUUCUCUUUCCAACGGUAGCACCAAUAUUGUAUCCCCUGAUCGCAAAAAGAGCAAGAAGCUGAGCAGAUUUUUCCGCAAACCAAGCAAGAAGCCGCAUGUCAUUACCGACGAUACCCAGCAAAAUGAGACGUUCGAGACUAUCUUGUCAGGUGGAAGUGAGGCUGACGAAACAACUCACGUGACCUCGAAAGACUCUAGCUUUGGCAUAUUUCCAGACUUGCAGGACGGAGAGCUCUCGCAGAAUGAUCAAAGUGGGACGCAGUUCGAAGACAACAGAUUGGAAGUGACGAACGAGUUUGUGUUUGAUGACGGCAACUUGGGAGUGGAGACUUCAUUUGUGUCAAGAACCACACAAAGACGCCAUGGAAUUGACGCGGUUCCCGAACAUACAAUAGAAGAGAAUCCCUUUUUCAGGUUUGAGGCGGUUCCUUUUGAUGACAUCCCCGCACCAAGUUCACUGCAGGUUAAUGACAGAACUCGGGCAAAGCACGUUCAAGAUGUGUUGCCCAGCCAAAUCAAACGCGACAAUUCCAUUGCACAGUCAUUUGAUGAACCGUCUCCAGAACACAAGGAAGUACGAGGUUUCCUCAGUUCCGAACAAGAGGACAAACUUGGAUUGCAGGAAACUACCGAGAACCCCCCUAGAGCUGCGGACAGCUCUUUCAACUUUGGUUUCGCAUUUCCUUCUGCAUUUGCCAGGGCAGAUACUGGACCUUCGACUGUAACAGAAUCUGCCAGACCACCCUCCGAAGCUGGCAGUGCCUUCAGUUUCGGCUUCAACCUACCAAAUGUCUUUGGAAAGCAAGAAUCUCAGUUGGCUGAACCAUCAUCUUCGGCCGUAGAAGUAGAAUUGAGUUGCACGGAGGUCGACGGUAUCACUGAUUCCUCUUCCCGCCCUCCAUGCCAUGAUAACGUUGGGUCCGACAGUCAUGGAACAUCCAAGGUCGAAUUGCCUAUUGUUUCCGCGCAGCACAUUGAAACCGACACUCAAGCUUCAGACGGUAGAUUUUCCGACGCCGAUGAGUCGACUCAAGCGGAAGAUGGAACGCAACGAGACAGCGCAGUGACAAUUGGAAAAAACGACGAAACCCUGGAACCUUCCAUCGAAGCAAAGUUUCGCUUGCCCUCUGCGGGGUUGGAAGUCGAUUCGCCAGCGGACAUGGCAAGUUUUACAGAAGGCAAUCCUCCGAGUCUAUCAACGUCCGCUUCAUGGUCCAGGUAUGGGUCCAAGUCAGAUGUGAUCGACGAAGAAACGUCUUCGGCCAUAUGUGAAGUGCCUGCUGAAGAGCAGAACACUCCAACGAAUGCAGUGUCCACCAAGGCAGAAGAUGCAACAGGGGAGGAUUCCGUCAACAUUGAGAACCGCAAAGGGUCCGACGCUGACUCCGAGACUUGCGUCGAGUCGACAGCAGACAGAGUGGCAACCCAUCAAAGCAAUCAGGAGGCGUCUGCUUCACACGAAGCCGAGGACGAUCAAUCCACCGCCAGCACGACAAACCACAAUGCCGACGCUUCAUUGUCUCGCCCACGAAGCUUUGAUUCAGGGUAUUCAAAGGCGUCUCCGUCUUCGUCUUCGUCUUCUUCGUCUUUGUCUGCUUCUUCUAGUUCCCAGAAGGCUAAAACGAAGCGCCCUUCUCCCUCACUGCAGAGUCCUUACGAAAAGAUUUACGAACUAUCGCUGCGCAGAGACGGCACGAAUCACACAGAGCCACACGAUGACCGACUGCUGGAUAAAGGAAAGUGUAAUAGCACUCUCGAAGACGACGGAAGCACAGAUUCUAAGUCUUCGGAUGACAACGACCGUCAAAGUGACUUAAAACUUACUCAAGUUAUGGAUCUAACGCCUGAAGCUAUGGAGCUAACGCCGGAUGAGAGAUCGCAGUCAAAUGCUUCCUCAGCACCGAAGGCCAGCAGUGAAGACGGAAUUGAGUGCAGAGCUGAAUUUGAGCGUUACGCCAAACCAGUACUUCUCAUCGGAGGCAUUAAGCGAAGAAGCGCGCGCUCUGACAAAAGUGUUGCUUCCAACAUUUUAGCUCCAGCUAAACAAAACUACCGAAAGCUGUGUUCAAGGCUGAUCCAAAAGCGAAUAUCAGAAAGAAGGGGGAAGCUGAAAUCCCCUACAAACGUACCCUCAAACGCGACCUUCUCAGUUGAGGAUACUGACGAUGUCGUUGGCGACAAACCUCAGGUUGCUGAAACAAAAGCUGAAGUCCCCCGAGAUGAGGAUAGUCCUGACUUCAAUGUUGCUUCGGCAGCCGCGACCCCAGCAAAACAGAACUAUCGAAAGCUGUGCAAAAAAGUGAUCCAAGAGAAGAUCUCGCUGCGGAGGGGGAAGUCUACGCAACCGGUACAGUCGCAACCACAUCCAGAUGGUUGCUCGGACGUUCAGGAAGAACCUGGAAGCACGGCAAUAGAAUCCCAAAUCACGCGGUCCAGCUCGGUCUUUGAUAUAUUACCAACAUACACCUGCAGGGGUGCUCACGAUGCAGGAGACGACAACAACGAUUGCAGUACGCAAGGUGGACAUUCAACAAGGUUCAACGAGGCCGACAACCAGCCAGACGAGAAAAGUCUCGAGGAGGAAUUUUCGCUUCAGUCUGAACACAGUGACACCGAAUCUGAGAAAGAAGAAUCAAACGAAGAGGAAUCCUCGAUCUCUUUGAAACGCCGUCUUGGCAGAUCCAAAGGCAUGGGAGUGGAAGACGAUUACGAUUCUGAGCUUACUCCAGACGACAAAAGGUCUGAUGGCAGAAGUAGGAGGAAAGCGCCUAGCCUUGCCUUUAUUGCAGGUCUCAAUAUGCCAGCUUUGGAUCGAAUAGCGAACAUGGAUUGUUCCCUUUUUGGGAAGGGCAGAUACGAGUUCCGCGAGUCAGAUACCGACGACUACGAAGACGUGAGCUAUUAUCGCAGAGGCGGGGAUGAUGGGUCACUUUUGUCAUCCUACGACGAUUAUGCCCACGAGUUUCGCGGGACGGCGAGAUCACGGAUAGAGGAAGAAGCAGAAGACUUGUUGGAGUGGGCAGACGAGAACGUCCUGUUUUGCAGCCCAAAUCGCCACAGGUAGUAGGCUGAACGCAAGAUGGGAUACAGGUCGGCAUGUUUAGAUCAGAUGAAACUAUUAAAAGUAAAUGUUAAUUAAUCGUAUCACGUCACCCAAAU